AUGACAGAGGGCACCGCGGCCUCGGUUGGAUGUUUGGAUAAUACGCUGGACGUGAGCGGGUUGAACGACGAGCAGCAAGAGCAGCAGCAAGGCACGGUCGGAGUGCGUAUCGAAGCAGUGUCGGGUGCGUCCGUCUCGGAAGUGGUUACCGGCGCCGAAGGAGCCAUUGAGCUCGUUGCCAUCGCGAAGGAACAGCAGGAACACCACAGCGCCCCCGAGCGGCCACAGCAGCAGAGUCCACCGCAGGUCACCAUGUCGCAGGUCACCACCAAACAGGUAGAGAAGCUACCGGAGCGCGGGUCCUGGGGCUCGAAGCUCGACUUCAUCCUCUCGGUCGUGGGGCUGGCGAUCGGGCUGGGCAACGUGUGGCGCUUCCCGUACCUGUGCUACAAGAAUGGCGGCGGCGCGUUCCUUAUCCCGUACUUUGUCACACUCUUCCUCGCCGGCAUACCGAUGUUCUUCAUGGAGCUGGCCCUCGGCCAGAUGCUGACCAUCGGCGGGCUGGGGGUGUUCAAGAUUGCGCCCAUUUUCAAAGGAAUCGGUUACGCUGCAGCCGUCAUGUCCUGUUGGAUGAACGUGUACUACAUCGUCAUCCUGGCCUGGGCCAUAUUCUACUUUUUCAUGUCCCUGCGUUCAGAUGUGCCUUGGCGAACGUGCGACAACUCGUGGAACUCGAUAAACUGCGUCAAUCCGUACGAUCGCAAGGAUCUGCUGUGCUGGGAGUCGAUCGGACUCAACAGCACGGUCGCAAAGGUUUGCUCGCUCAACUCGAACAACGUUACCGUGUCCGACCUGGCCGAUCCGGUGAAAGAAUUCUGGGAACGCCGCGCGCUGAUGAUCUCGAGCGGUAUCGAUCAGGUCGGUUCGAUCCGCUGGGAGCUGGCCGGGACGCUGCUGCUGGUGUGGAUCCUGUGCUACUUCUGCAUCUGGAAGGGCGUCAAGUGGACCGGUAAGGUCGUCUACUUCACCGCCCUCUUCCCGUACUUCCUGCUCACGAUCCUGCUGAUCCGUGGCAUCACACUGCCCGGUGCCCUCGAAGGCAUCAAGUUCUACGUCAGUCCAAACCUGUCGAAGCUAGCCGAGUCGGAAGUGUGGAUCGAUGCUGUCACCCAAAUCUUCUUCUCGUACGGUCUCGGUCUCGGUACGCUCGUGGCCCUCGGAAGCUACAAUAAGUUCACCAACAACGUCUACAAAGAUGCACUGAUCGUGUGCACGGUCAACUCGAGCACCAGUAUGUUCGCCGGGUUCGUAAUCUUCUCCGUCGUGGGCUUCAUGGCGCACGAGCAGCAACGGCCGGUGGCGGAAGUGGCCGCGUCCGGGCCCGGUCUGGCGUUCCUUGCGUACCCGUCGGCCGUCCUGCAACUCCCGGGAGCACCGCUUUGGUCCUGUCUGUUCUUCUUCAUGCUGCUGCUCAUCGGUCUCGACUCGCAGUUCUGCACCAUGGAGGGCUUCAUAACGGCCGUGAUCGAUGAGUGGCCGCACCUGCUGCGCAAACGCAAGGAGAUCUUCAUCGCCGUGGUCUGUCUCAUCAGCUAUCUGGUGGGCAUGACGUGCAUCACAGAGGGUGGUAUGUAUGUGUUCCAAAUUCUUGACUCGUACGCGGUGAGCGGCUUCUGUCUGCUGUUCCUGAUGUUCUUCGAGUGCGUGUCGAUAUCGUGGGCGUACGGAGUGGACCGCUUCUACGACGGCAUCAAGGACAUGAUCGGCUACUACCCGCUGGGCUGGUGGAAGUUCUGCUGGGUCUUCACCACUCCUGCCAUCUGUGUCGUAAGUAGUCCGUCCGGUAGUAAGGUGCACAAAACAGGUAACAACAGCACACAGUCUACGCGGGGGUUUCUGUUCGGGGUGCGAAUCGGUGUGAGUGGGACUCGAGUGAACGAGAUUGUUUCAGGAUUUCACGAUCAUCCUCACCAAUCGGCGUCGUCGUUAUCAUCGCUGGAAGGUAAAUGUUGCUUGCGAGGGUCUACACGGGUUCUCUAG